GGAAGUACGAAUCCGUAGUGGGAGAUCCUAUUCCCCAAGUGCUGAGUGACUCACUCCUGUCAUUGAUCAUAUCCAUCCAGUCAAGUGCAUAAAUCCCAUUUUCCCUUUCUACCGAAGCAGAGCAUGCGUUCUCACCGUUUCUCACCUUCAUCCUAGCCAAUUGCUCAGAUUCGGCUUGAGUUCAAGCUCAUCAUCCAUCCACAAUGGCAUCCAUAACUGAGCCAUCAACCAGGGUCCAGGCCCAAGCCCAAGAACAGCCAGACCUCAACCCCGCCGAAGCACAGUUCCCCACAAUGGCACCUCCCAUCCUCCACCUCGCCAAGUGCGUGCUACGCCCCUACCAACCCACAGACGCCGCCGCCAUCGCGCUCGCAGCCAACCACCCCGACGUAGCGCGCUACAUGCGCAACGCCUUCCCAUCACCCUACACCCUCCACGACGCCGAGACCUGGCUAGCCACCGCCUCGCCCCUCAGCCUCGCCAUCUUCGUCCCCUCCCCCGACGGCACCCCGACCCUCACCCUCGCCGGCGGCAUCGGCCUCCGCCGCCUCGCCGACGUCGAGUCCAACACCAUGGAGGUCGGCUACUGGCUGGGGCCGACGCACCAGGGCCGCGGCGUGGCCACCGACGCGCUGCGCGGCUUCGGCCGCUGGGCCUUCUCCGCCUCGGGGGUCCCCGGCCUGGUGCGCCUCGAGGCCGCCGUGUUCGGCCCCAACGCCCGCAGCGCUGCUGUGCUGGCGCGCGCGGGGUACGUCUACGAGGGGGCGCGGAGGUCCGCGGCGGUGCUCAGGGAUGGGGGAGUCGUGGAUGUGAUGGUUUAUGGACUGCUGAGGGAGGAGUGUCUUGCGCUGGAGCGUGGUGGUGAUGGGGUUGUGGUUGCGUAGAGGGGAUGGGACUGAAGGGGGAGUGAGGGGCAUGCGAGGCAGGCUUGAGGGGGCUUGAAUGAACUGACGAGCUUAUGAGGACUGUAUCACUUUUACAUAAACUUAUUAUAAUUAUGUUCCACGCCAGUUAUUUUUCCCUGAAUGCAAUACAAUACCACUGUGAAAUCCUCCCCAACGGUCAUCA